GAUGCUGAUCGAUCCCGGUUUGCGGCGCGGAGGAGGAUCCAGGAUCCGGGGAUGAGGCUCGUGGUGACGGGGGGCAACGUCAGCGUUAUUGGCAGAGCCAUACACGCACUCUCUCGCAUCGGGGAAGACUGUUACCUUGAGGCACUUGAUGAAGGCCUCGCUGUCCGGACGGUGAACUCCUCCCGGUCGGCUUUUGCCAGUUUCCUUUUCGCUCCUGCCUUCUUCCAGAAAUAUGAUCCUGGAAAUCCGACAUCUGAGGCUGAUGGCUCUCCAUCCCAAACGGAGAAUUUCCGCUGUAAAAUCGUGAUGAAGUCAGUGCUCGCUGUCUUCAAGUCCCCAGCGACGCUCGAGAAGACAGUGGAGAAAUGCAAGAUGGCGCUGGGCCGUGGGAUGGACCAGCUCAUCAUCCAACUGCUCUGCAAGUACGGUAUCACGAAAACGCACAACCUCGCCAUACAGGACUCUGAGACGCUACAAGCUGUCUAUGACAAGGAACUCUGCCCGAACACUCUGCGUGUGCAGCCCAAGUUACUGACAGACACAGUCGUACACUUCCCCGCCAACCUAGAGGAGGUGACGCUCGAGGUUAAAGGUGGGCGGGUCUACUUCCGGAACUACAUCGAGCCCGAGACAGAUCCCAGGAAGACGAUGCACACAGAGAUGGUGCUGACCUCAAUGGAGUUUGAUGAGUUUUCGGUGACGGAUGAGACUGAGAUCACCUUCUGCUUGAAGGAGCUGAGAGGGUUGUUGGGGUUUGCGGAGGUUUCUGGCCUUCCUGUCACCGUCCACUUCCAGGGCCCAGGCAGCCCUGCCAUCUUCAGCUUGCAGGAGGCGGUGCUCCAGGGGAACUUCGUUCUGGCCACACUCGCGGGCGUGGAAUCGCAGAGCACGGGCCGGGCAGGAGGAGAUGGCAGCUCUGGGGCAGGUGCCCAUCGUGUUGCUGAUGAUUUCAUGAAUGAGGAGAUGGACUCCUAUAUGAUCGCCAUGGAGACCAGCGCCCUGGAGCAGACGGUGUCAGGGAGCGCUGCUGCAUCAGACCAGAGUGCCCCACCUCGGAGUCCCACCUUCCCCCUGGCACAGAGCAACAAGAGAGUCCACACGCAACAUCGAGGGGCUCUGUCCCCUCCUCACGAGGAGGAUGAGCCGGACGACACAGAAAUACCAGCAACACCCCCUCACAAGAAGCAGUUCCGCUCCCUGUUUUUCGGCUCCCUGCUGUCGCCCGGGAGAAGCCUGAGGCCUACCCUGGGCCAUGAGGUCUUGGCUGAAGCCAGCGAGAGCGACAGUGAGACGUGACCUCGGGGGAAGGCAGCAGCGAGG